AUGCGGGGACUCCGCUUCUUCCCCAUUGUUGCGGGCCUCGGCUUUCUUCCGCAGUCACUCGCCCAGGGUGACACGAAGAUCCAUGAAGAAGGUCGAUGUGCGAUCCGUGGCCACUGUGGUAAGCAGUCAUUCUUUGGCGGAGAGCUUCCAUGUUCCGACAACGGUCUUGCAAAGGAUCCCGACGCGGCGGUGAGGGAGAAAUUAGUGAAUCUUUGCGGCAGUAAAUGGGAGCAAGGGCCGGUGUGCUGCCUAGAAGAGCAGGUCGAUGCUCUUGCGAAGAACUUGAAGCUCGCCGAGGGAAUCAUCUCGUCCUGCCCUGCGUGUAGAGAGAAUUUCUUUGACAUCUUCUGCACAUUUACCUGCUCACCAGAUCAAUCGCUGUUCAUCAACGUCACGCAAACUGAACAAGCUAGCCCCGGGAAGUAUCGAGUGACGGAACUGGACAAUGUUUGGUCCGAAGAGUACCAAAGCGGGUUUUAUGACAGCUGCAAGAAUGUCAAGAAUGGUGCUUCUGGUGGGAAGGCGAUGGAUUUCAUCGGAGGCGGGGCCAAAAAUUACACCCAGUUCUUGAAAUUUCUGGGCGAUAAGAAAUUUUUGGGAAGUCCUUUUCAGAUCAACUACCAUACUGAACCGCCUGCCGCGGAUCCCCAGGGCAUGAAACCCUUGCCGCUCCAUCCAAAGGCGUGCAAUGAUCCGGACCCGACAUUCCGCUGUUCGUGCGUGGACUGCCCAGAUGUAUGUCCUGAUCUUCCGCCAGUAAAACUGGACAAAAACUGCCACGUCGGGCUUUUACCUUGCCUUUCGUUUUCCGUUAUUCUCAUUUACUCCGUUUUCCUGCUCGCUGUCACAGCGCUCUCGGGCUACUUCACGUACAGAGAACGGCGGUAUCGGAAACCUGAAAGGGUGCGACUCUUGCAAGAUCCAACUCCGAGUGAUGAUGAGGACGAAGGGGAUAUAGUCCACUCCGGCGGCCACUUGGAGUAUCCCCGCGGCGUGUAUAAACUGAACUCGAUGCUGGACACCAUGUUCAAUCGGAUCGGAUCGGCCUCCGCUCGGUUUCCCGCCACGACCAUCAUCUCGAGUGUUUUGUUGGUCGCGUUACUAAGCUUGGGUUGGUUUCGAUUCGCCGUAGAGACGGACCCAGUGCGGCUAUGGGUGAGCCCUACAUCGGCUGCGGCUCAGGAGAAGCAGUUUUUUGAUGACAACUUCGGGCCUUUUUAUCGUGCAGAACAAGCCUUCCUUGUAAAUGAUAAUUCCAGUUACAAUGACGGACGGGUUCUGGAUUAUGAUACGUUAAAUUGGUGGUUCGGCGUUGAGUCACGAGUCCGCCGCAUGGUCUCUACGCAUCGAAGACUCACUCUUGAUGAUAUUUGCUUUAAACCAACUGGGGAUGCUUGCGUGGUUCAAUCUGUGACGGGUUAUUUUGGUGGCGCGUCCAACCUCGAUCCCGAUACCUGGAAGGACAGGCUGCAACAUUGCGUUGAAUCACCCGGCGAUGUAAGCUGCCUUCCAGAGUUCCAGCAACCGCUAAAACCGGAAAUGAUUUUGGGUGGCUAUGAGGAUUCCGGCAACAUCCUCGAUGCGAAGGCUCUUAUCGUCACGUGGGUCGUGAAUAACCACGCACAGGGCUCAGAAGGCGAGAGCAACGCCGUCGACUGGGAAGACAGUUUCAUGCGCAUCCUGAAUGAUGUGCAAGCAGAAGCCGAGGAGCGCGGACUCCGUGUCUCCUUCACUGCCGAAGCAAGUGUUGAGCAGGAGCUGAAUAAGUCUACCAACACUGAUGCCAAAAUCGUAGUCAUCAGUUAUAUCAUUAUGUUUAUGUAUGCAUCCCUAGCCUUGGGCUCGGUGACAGUGACUUGGAAGUCUUUGACUACAAACCCCGCCAACGCCCUUGUGCAAUCUAAAUUCACCCUUGGUAUCGUGGGUAUUGUCAUCGUCCUCAUGUCAGUAUCCGCGUCGGUCGGGCUUUUUUCUGCGGCUGGUAUCAAAGUGACUUUGAUAAUCGCAGAGGUGAUUCCUUUCCUCGUUCUAGCUGUUGGAGUGGACAAUAUCUUUUUGAUCGUCCAUGAGUUCGAGAGAUUGAAUGUUAGCCAUCCUGAUGAAGAAAUCGAUGAACGCAUCGCCAGGGCAGUAGGUCGAAUUGGACCUAGUAUCUUCCUCUCUGCCCUUACAGAGACUGUUGCAUUCGCAAUGGGGGUCUUUGUCGGAAUGCCCGCCGUGAGAAACUUUGCUAUAUAUGCCGCUGGUGCCGUGUUCAUCAAUGCUGUCUUACAAGUCACGAUGUUCAUUUCCGUUCUCGCUUUAAAUCAAAAACGCGUCGAGAGCCUCCGUGCUGACUGCAUACCGUGUCUCACCGUGCGCAAGGCACAUUCUGGCAUGUCUGAGGACCGCGUCUUUGAUGAUCAAGAUGGAGAGAGUGCCCUUCAAAAAGUCAUCCGGAAGGUUUAUGCAUCCAACCUCCUUGAUCGCAGAGUCAAGGUUGUGGUAGUGAUCGUUUUCCUGGGCAUUUUGACAGCAGGACUAGCCUUGAUUCCAGGGGUGGCUCUUGGAUUAGACCAGCGUAUUGCGCUUCCCAGUGAUUCCUACCUGAUUCAGUAUUUCAAUGAUUUGAGCGAUUACUUUGGAAGUGGUCCUCCUGUUUAUUUUGUGACCCGGAAUGUGAAUUUAACCGAAAGACAGCACCAACAGCAGCUUUGUGGACGAUUCACCACCUGCGAGGAAUUUUCCCUGCCAUUUGUGCUAGAGCAAGAAUCCAAACGACCAAAUGUCUCGUACAUCUCUGGCUCCACAGCUAGUUGGAUUGACGACUUCUUCUACUGGCUUAACCCCCAGCAGGACUGCUGUAAAGAAGAUGGGAAGCUAUGCUUUGAGGAUAGAACUCCUGCCUGGAACAUCACUUUAUACGGCAUGCCAGAAGGAGAGGAGUUCAUUCGCUACGUUGAAAAAUGGAUCGAGUCGCCCACUGACGCCUCAUGCCCACUUGGUGGGAAGGCGCCAUACAGCAACGCCCUCGUUGUCGAUCCCAAACGAACCAUGACCAACGCAAGUCAUUUCAGGACAUCCCACACCCCACUCAGAACUCAGGAUGACUUUAUCAAAUCCUACAUCUCAGCCCGACGCAUUGCACAGGGUAUUUCGGAUGACUUCGGCAUCGACGUGUUCCCAUAUUCCAAGACCUACAUAUUCUUUGACCAGUAUGUGUCCAUUGUGCAGCUCACAGGGACCUUACUUGGGUUUGCAGUGGCAAUUAUUUUUGCCAUCACCUCCAUUCUUCUCGGCUCGGUCGCCACAGGAGCGGUGGUUACGGCUACCGUUGUCAUGAUUGUGGUAGACAUUAUCGGCUCCAUGGCGAUCGCUGGUGUGUCGUUAAAUGCCGUGUCACUUGUGAACUUGGUGAUCUGUGUCGGAAUUAGUGUCGAGUUCUGCGCACACAUUGCCCGAGCAUUCAUGUUCCCGUCUCGUUCCAUCAUGGAGACAGUGCCUACGAAAUUCCGCGGCAAGGAUGCUCGCGCUUGGACGGCGUUGGUCAAUGUUGGUGGAAGUGUCUUCAGCGGAAUCACCGUGACCAAGCUACUUGGAGUCUGUGUCCUAGCAUUUACUCGAAGCAAAAUCUUUGAGAUUUAUUAUUUUCGGGUGUGGCUAGCACUCAUCAUUUUUGCCGCAACACAUGCGCUCAUUUUUUUGCCCGUAGCUCUGAGCUACUUUGGCGGGGACGGUUACGCGGGCCCCGAAACUGACGGGGGCCUGGAAGAAAACCUUGCUUCCAGAGGCUACCGAUCCUUGCUAGUUGACGAUGAUUACGACUCAGACGAGUACUAG